UUUUAUUUUUUGCUUCCCACUCCCCGCUUAAAUCAGACCGGCCGUUCGGAGGACUUGCUCCUUUGCUCUCUCAAAUCACUUCGGAUUUUUUUUUUUUUUUUUGGAAAGCGGGAGAAAGAAGAAAGAGGGAGCAGGAGCUCCAGAGAGAGAAGUCGAAGACGAGAAAGCGAGAGAGAGAAAGCGAGAAAGAGACAGAGACGGGGUCAGAGAGCGCGCAUGGGCGAGCGAGCCGCCAGAGGGACAGGAGCAAAGUGAGUGACCUGCUUUUGGGGGUGACCGCCAGAGCGCGGCGUGAGCCCUCCCCCUCGGGAUCCCGCAUCCGACCGGCGGCGCUGACGGACAGACAGACAGACACCGCCCCCAGCCCCAGCGCCCACCUCCUCCCCGGCGGGCGGCCGACAGUGGACGCGGCGGCGAGCCGCGGGCAGGAGCCGGAGCCCGCGCCCGGAGGCGGGGUGGAGGGGGUCGGGGCUCGCGGCGUCGCCCUGAAACUUUUCAUCCAACUUCUGGGCUGUUCUCGUGCCGGAGGAGCCGUGGUUGGCGCAGGGGCAGUCGAGCCGAGCGGAGCCGGGAGAAGUGCUAGCCCGGGCCGCCAGGAGCCGCAGUCCGAGGAGGGCGAGGAGGAAGAGGAGAAGGAAGAAGAGAGGGGGCCGCGGUGGCGACUCGGCGCUCGGCAGCCGGGCUCAUGGACGGGUGAGGCGGCUGUGUGCGCAGACAGUGCCCCAGCCGCGCGCGCGUCCCAGGCCCCGGCCCGGGCCUCGGCUCCGGGAGCCAGCGGAGCCCGCCUGGGCGCCGACGAGAGCGGGCCGCCCCGCAGCCCGAGCCGGAGAGGGAGCGCAAGCCGCGCCGGCCCCGGCCGGGCAUCCGAAACCAUGAACUUUCUGCUCUCCUGGGUGCAUUGGAGCCUCGCCUUGUUGCUCUACCUCCACCAUGCCAAGUGGUCCCAGGCUGCACCUAUGACAGAAGAAGGAAAGUCGAAAUCCCAUGAAGUGGUGAAGUUCAUGGAUGUCUACAUGCGCAGCUACUGCCGUCCAAUCGAGACCCUGGUGGACAUCUUCCAGGAGUACCCUGACGAAAUCGAGUACAUCUUCAAGCCGUCCUGUGUGCCCCUGAUGCGCUGUGGGGGCUGCUGCAACGAUGAGGGCCUGGAGUGCGUGCCCACGGAAGAGGCCAACAUCACCAUGCAGAUUAUGCGGAUCAAACCUCACCAAAGCCAGCACAUAGGAGAGAUGAGCUUCCUACAGCACAACAACUGUGAAUGCAGACCAAAGAAAGAGAGAGGAAAGCAAGAAAAAAAAUCAAUUCGAGGAAAGGGAAAGGGGCAAAAAAGAAAGCGCAAGAAAUCCCGGUAUAAAUCCUGGAGCGUGUACGUGGUGCCCGCUGCUGCCUCAUUCCCUGGAGCCUCCUUGGCCCCCAGUCAGACUUCUGCCUGCAGAGCCCUUCCCUGUAGGCCUUGCUCAGAGCGGAGAAAGCAUUUGUUUGUACAAGAUCCACAGACGUGUAAAUGUUCCUGCAAAAACACAGACUCGCGUUGCAAGGCGAGGCAGCUUGAGUUAAACGAACGUACUUGCAGAUGUGACAAGCCGAGGCGGUGAGCUGGGCUGGAGGAAGGAGCCUCCCUCAGGGUUUCGGGAACCAGACCCCUCACCGGGCAAGACUGAUAGAGAAAUCACGCCGCCGCUGCCACCACACCUUCACCAUCGCCAGAACAACCCUUGAUCCAGAAACUGAAAUGAAGGAAGAGGAGACUGCGCAGAGCACUUUGGGGCCGGAGGGUGUGACUCCGGCAGAAGCAUUCCCGGGCGGGUGACCAAGCACGGUCCCUCUUGGAAUUAGAUUGUCAUUUUAUUUCUCUUGCUGCUAAAUCACCGAGCCCCGGAAGAUUAGAAAGUUUUUAUUUCUGGGAUUCCCGUAGAUACAUCCACCCACAUACAUGCAUUUAUAUAUUAUAUAUAUAUAAAUAAAUAUAUAUAUUUUAUAUAUAUAAAAUAUAUAUAUUCUUUUUUUUUUAAAUUAACAUUGUAAUGUUAUUGGUGUCUUCACUGGAUGUAUUUGACUGCUGUGGACUUGAGUUGGGAGGAGAAUGUCCCCACCCAGGUCCCAGUAGGGAUGAGAGUGGGUGGAGAGACUCCAGUGUGAUCUCUUUGUCCCUGUGAGGGAGACCAGGGUCCCCUGCCCCACCCAGGAACGUGGCUGGCCAGGGCACGGGGGCAAACAUGACCCGCUUCUGGGAGCACCGACAAACCCAACCCUGGCCCCCGAGCCUCUGCCCUGAGACAAGUGGAUGGAAAGACAGAUGCGAAGGCGCAGGGAUGGACAAGGAUGCUGGUUCCGACCAGGAAUCCGGGGAGCCUUGCAACACUGCUGUGCUUUGGGUGACCCCCUUCACAUGCUGCACAGGCAUCUUGCUCCCCGCCAGGGGCCCUACCUGGGCGAUUCGGGAGCCCGGGCAACUUUGACCUACUCACCGGCUUCUGAGAUGCCCAGGAGGCCACGGAAAGAUGUCCCAGUGAAGAGAAGAGAGACAUUGGUGGAAGGGUCCUGCCUAGGCCCUCUCCUUACUCCCCUUCCUGGAGGGAAGCCCAGGAAGGCCUGAUGUCCUCAGACCAUUGAAACCACUAGUUGUGUCCCUCCAGGAGACCUGGCUGUGUGUGUGUGAGUGGCUCACCCACCCUCCUCCAUCCCCAACCCCGCCGACCGACCCUUCCUGCGGCACCGACAGAUAGGGCCGGAUCCCCGUGCCCGUCGAGGAGGCAGAGAAAAGAGAAAGGGUUUUAUAUAUGGUACUUAUUUAAUAUCCCUUUUUAAUUAGAAAUUAAAACAGUUAAUUUAAUUAAAGAGUAGGGUUUUUUUCAGUAUUCUUGGUUAAUAUUUAAUUUCAACUAUUUAUGAGAUGUAUCUCUAUCUUGCUCUCUCUCGCUCUCUUUUAUUUGUACUGGUCUUUGUGUACAGAAAUUUAUGUGUCUAAUCUCUCUCUGAUCGGUUACAGUCACAAACUUGUCCUCAACAGAUAUUUAAUUUUGCUAACACUCAACUCUGCCCUCCCUCUCCCCCUUGCUCUCACCACACAUUCCUUUGAAAUAAGGUUUCAAUAUACAUCUACAUACUAUAUAUAUAUUUGGCAACUUGUGUUUGUAUAUAAAUAUAUAUAUAUAUAUAUAUGUUUAUGUAUAUAUGUGAUUCUGAUAAAAUAGAUGUUGCUAUUCUGUUUUUUAUAUGUAAAGACAAAACAAGAAAAAAUAGAGAAUUCUACAUACUAAAUCUCUCUCCUUUUUUAAUUUUAAUAUUUGUUAUCAUUUAUUUAUUGGUGCUACUGUUUAUCCGUAAUAAUUGUGGGGGAAAAGAUAUUAACAUCACAUCUUUGUCUCUAGUGCAGUUUUUUCGAGAUAUUCUGUAGUACAUAUUUAUUUUUAAACAACAACAAAGAAAUACAGAUCUAUCUUAAAAAAAAAGCAUUUUGUAUUAAAGAAUUUAAUUCUGAUCUCAAA